AUGUUGCAUCCUAUCAGUUCAGAACACGACACACACUACGAGCACAGCCAGUCGAACUCUAUCGAGGCUCUAGUCGCAGCGCGCAACGAUGGGAAAAAGCAUCUGCUCCUAGCGUACGCUCCUGAUUUCCGCAUAGUGCACCUGCCUGAUACCAGGAAGCUUUUCCCCGUCAUCGUCGAGGCUCUGGCCAAGUAUGAGGGCACCCUCUCGAUCCGCAUCAUCCUGACUGAGUCGGCUACCCACUUCCUCGGCGGGCAGAGUGCUGAGCAACCUACUGUCUCCUCUCUGCUGCAUCUGCCCAACGUCGAGGCUGUGUACCGGGACCAUGACGAAUGGGGACCUCAGCCAUGGCGCCGUGGGGCGAGCAUCUUGCAUAUUGAAUUGCGGAGGUGGGCUGAUUUGCUGGUGGUCGCUCCACUUAGCGCAAAUACACUGGCCAAGGUGGUUAACGGCAUGUCUGACAACCUCUUGACGUCCGUAAUCCGCGCCUGGGACACAGAUGCCAGUAUCGACAUGAAGAAGAAGAUCAUCAUCGUCGCGCCCGCGAUGAACUCGGCCAUGUGGAGAAACCCAAUCACAGAGAAGCAGAUCCGCGUGCUCACAGACGAAUGGGGCGUCAAGGAGGAAGAGCACGCCGCGGGGCGGGUGCGGUCCAUCACGGGGUGGUUCCAGAUUAUCAUGCCCGUUAGCAAAACGCUUGCAUGCGGUGACACAGGAGGUGCCAUGGCGGCAGUGCCCGAUAUCUGUGCGGCUAUCGAGCAGAAAUUGAAUCUGACUGCGGCGGGUGAGCCAGGUCCUACUCAUACAGGAUGA